AUGCCCAGUCUACCUGACGAGGUAGAACUGCCUGAAGAUGACUUUGAUGAUGCCCCCCUUGCCCUUCCUGAAGACUACAGCCCAGAGGAGCAUCCUAAUGGGCUAUGUAGUCCUGAAGGUCCCCUGAGAGUCCCUGAAGGUCCCCCCUGUGACGUAUUUACAACCUCUCCCUUGGGCCCUGGUAGUUGUCCUGUUUCUCUCUCUCUAGACCUCAGUAGUAGAGAUAACCAGUGGGUUCCAGAAUAUUCCUUCAUAGAUUCCAUUCAGUCAAACCUCAAUACUGGACAAACCUCCUCAUUAGGUUCCGAAUCAUCAAAAGUGCUGGAUUAUACACUCUUCUCUGCACUGGACCCUCACAAUUCAGGGGUUGCCCAUGUCUCCUCUAUCCUGGAGUACCUAGAGCUGUUAGGGAUUGAAAAUGCAUCUCAGGUGAUCUCUGAGUACGGUUUGGGAGGAGAGGAGAGAACCCAUCUUGAUCUCCGACACCUAACCCAGAUUAUACAGGAGGAGAUUAACCAGAGUCAAGAUAUACUUAGGUAUUGUACUGUACGGGCUGGAGUAUGUGUGUACGUGAAUGAAGUCCGUGUACUCAAUUCAUUCCUUGAAAACUCAAACAAGGAACGAGAUAAACUAAAACUAGAUAUUCAGAUUAUCUCUAUCGGAGGAAACGAGGAUUCUUCUAUCAUAGAUAAUUGUGUUUCUCAGGUGACUGUCCAGGAUCUGCUUAACUCUGUAUCCCCUGUAUCCCGGAGUACAAAUGGACCCUCCUCCCUCCCCUCCGCUUUACCAUCCUACCCUAAAAAAGAAAAUAGGAUUGGAGAAGUUCAUCAUCUUGAGCAACAUUGUAAAAACCUAGAGGGAGAAUUGGAUCAGGUUAAGUUUGAAAUAAUUCGAAUGAUAAGCGAGAAGGCAGGAUACUCUAAGGAAAAUGAAACUCUUCGCCAGUACAGAGCAGCCUUCGAGGAACUUCAGAGAGAAAAUACAAGUUUACAAAGGGAGCUUGAGUAUUUAAGAUUACCUGCUCGUUUCUCACCAGCUAGUGACGAGAUACAGAACCUUGAAGCUGCUGACACAAGAAAUGAGCUGCUUCCCUUCCAGAAUACUGCUGUCAGUCCCUUACCAGGAGCUGCUGGCAGCAGUACUCUGGAGAUUCCUAGCUUACUGGAAGCAGCCAGCAGCAUAACCCUAGAGAUUCCAAUUAUGCAGCGGAGUAGCCCUGAUGGACAGGAGUUUGAACAAAACUGUCUGGGCAGAGAAACUUUACAGGAGAAGAUUUGCGAACUGGAGAAGGAAAAAGAAGAAGAAAACAAAAAAUUCAAAGAAUCUAUAUCCGGGUUAGAAGCUAGGGUUGGUGAGCUCCAGGAGAGUUUAGAACUCAUGAGAUCAGAGUUCGAAUCAAUGGAAGACUACUGGCAGACUAAACUAGAGGAGGAGAGAGAGUUCUACGAGAAGCAGCUCCGACACUCCGAGGAGCAGUUCAGGGAGCUGGAAGUUCGGGUUAAAGAGUACGAAGGUCUACUGCUAGGAGAGACUGGUAAGGAUGAUGACCGUCUUUCGACAAUAGAGGAGAGCAGCAGUAUGGAGCUUCAAGCAUCAGAGUGGGAGCAAGAAAUCAUGCAGCUCCGAACCCAGCUGGAGCUCCUAGAGCAGGAGCACAGCUGUUCCUUGGAGCAGAGUAAUAUAGACUGGAGCAGUAGAGUGGAGGAUCUCCAGGAAGAACUAGAGAAGGAGAGAACUCUGAGAAAAGCUGCGGAGCAGGGACGGAUAGAGUUAGAGGAGAGAUUAAACCUCCAGCAGGUUCAAUCUUCUCCUAGUACAGUUCUCAAAUCUGAGCAGCAGCUCUCCAGUCUACCGGAGUUAAGCGAUACCAAGGUUUGGGGUAGAGAAUAUGAAUUUACCAAAGAUAUUCCAACAUUUACUCCUCAUACUCCAGCCUUAUCAAACCAGGGUCCAAGUUCAUUACCCGCAGAUUUAGUCAACACUGCACAUAGGGAGGUGAGAAGGUUGCAGGAUCUCCGAAGAAUAAUUCAGGAGGAGUGUGAUCAACUUCUUCUACGGAAGGAGCGUUUGAAAGAAGAGGUCGGAUUUUCUCUCUCCUUUAAUCCCUCCUGGGAGGGGGAUACUUUUUUGGGCACACCAUUUCUCGAGGCGGGGCUAGGGAAUCUUGCACUAGGUGAUGGAUGUAAAGAAGAGGAACCCGUACCACCACCUCCUCCUACUGAUGCUAGGAACUGGAGCUGGGAUUGGUUGGACCAGGAGGAAAAGGACGGAGAGGAUAAGAGUACAGUGUUCAGAGCAUGGGGUGUAAACAAACCAUUAGGAGCCGAGGGAUCAGCACGCUCCUCUAGAUCUAGAACCAGAAAUAGGGUUGGGAAUGUCAGGGAAAAGAUGGUGGAAGGGUUGGAUCUCAUGACGAGAAGGUUUGGUGAUGGUUUGAGUAGAGAAGAGUCAGCUGAUGGAUUAUCUAGUCACGUGGUUUCCGGUUGUACAGAUGCAUGUACACAGAUCCCCAGCUGUGAUGAGCUGGAGAUUCAAACAGAAGCUGUUGCUGCUCUAGCCACAGCGUACAAGGUUGUGUACUGUGAUAUUGAACGUGAGAAAGCAAAGCUUGUACAAGAGCUGGCACAGGCCAGUAGUACUGUUGUACAACCAGACUCAGGACUGUACAGUUGUUUACAAAAUAGACUGAAUGAACAGACAAGAAGAUGUGAACAGCUGCAUACAGCGCUAUUACGACAGCAGGCUCAAACUAAACAUAUUCUAGAAAGUUCUCGGGAGCAGCAUCUGUCAGAGGUGGAGCAGCUGGAAAGUUUAGUAGCAGCUGCACAGCAGCUUGUAGCUAAACAGACCAACAAGUAUACUCAGCAGCUUGAGAAGCUUUCACUUGCAGAUCGUGUAAUAUUAGAGCUGGUGGAGGAGAAUGAUGCUCUUGUAACUGCUCUAACAGAUCUUCAGAGGAAAACCAGAAUUCAUAAACAAUCUCAACAACCUCAAAUAUCCCCUGAAACCCCUGAUAACAACACUGAAAAUCUAGAUAUUCUUAAAUAUUCUGAGAACUCUGUGGAAUUAGAAUCUCAUUCUGAUAACUUCUAUCUCGAAGUCGAGGAAAUAUAAAAUUAGAUUUCACGUUGCCUCAAAUUAAAGGGAUUGUAUGCGUAAAUGCGAAGGCCACAGUUUUACACCGUGGUUACUUUUAUACUAACAAGCAAAUUCUGAACAUUCAGGCGAUAUUUUCUCCAUUUCAAGAUAGUUAAUAUUCAAAGAACUGAAGGAUUAAUUUCCUUCAUUAGUCGAAUAAUAUAAUGCUCGUACAAUUAUAAAUCAAAUUAUAUUGAUGAUUUUGUUUUGAAAGAUCUUUUGUUAACUUCCUGCAAUUUGAUAAUAUGUUCUUUAGGGUGUCUAUAUAAAACCAUAAACUGAGCCAGCUUUGCACUUUCUGUCACUUUUAAUUUUGUAACUUCGUGUACAAUAUAAGUUUAAAUCUGUUGUACAAUGUACAGCUGUGUAGAGACGUGAAAGCACAUAAAUAUGUACUGCAUAUAUGUAUCAUGUUUAUCUUUACAUUAAAGGUCAGAAUUGUCAAUAUAAAUCUACCGUCCUAAUAUAUGUGAUGUCAACAUAUUUAAAAUUGUACACAUAAAUGUUAAAUUAUGAAGUAUUAUUAUUAUGUAUUUAAUGUAUAAAUGUAUGUUUACAUAUUUGUAUUUCUUGACCCUUGAACUAUGUGUCUAGUCACUUUCUGAGACUCAUUAUAUAUAUAUAUAAUGUUUAUAUAUGUGUAUAUAUAGUUUAUAUAUAUAUAGUUUUUGAACUGUUCCAAAAAUAGUUAACAAUUAACCAUCAAAUAUAUCAA